CUAAACCAAACCCUAAAUAAACCUCACCAUCCACCGUUGCCACCUCUAUUGCAUGCCAUUUUGUCCUCCUCUUCUCCUCUCUUUAAUUUCUCUCCUUCAAAACCAAAACCAAACUCUCAUUCAUAAGCAACAAACAAGCAAAACAAGAAACGCAUAGAAGAAGCAGUUUCUCUCUAUAAAUCAAAACCAAUCCUUCCAAAACACUCCGAAUUAAAUUUCACCUUUCUUUUUCAUGGCUGUUGAAGCGCGGCAUCAUAAUCUUUUCCCUCCUCAACUUUUAGGAAACAGGGAAAUGAUGAACCCCAUUGAAGCAAACGCAAGUUUUUACAAUACCCAGAUGGGAUACGGGCUACCAUUAUCAGGAACAACGACGACGACUGAGACUCUUCAACUCCCCGCUACCGGCUACGGCUCUGUGAUCUCCAACUCAAUCCCUCAAAAAUCAGUUAUCAAAUCAGACAGUUCUUUAACGUACAAUAACAACAGUAAUCUCCUUCUUCAAUCAAGAAAACGCUCAAGAGACUUCUUUAAUCCUCUCCUCUCUUUCCCGUCGUUCCAAAAUCAAACUCACAAAACUUGCACCACUGCUCCCUUCUCCUUUCUCGGCCACGAUAUCUCCCCUCAGAUCCAAGAACAACAAUUUGAUCUCGACCGCAUCAUUUCUCAACAUAUGGAGAAAGUGAAGAUGGAAAUUGAAGAAAGGAGGAAGAGACAAGCGAGAAGAAUAUUGGACGCGAUUGAGGAGAGUGUAAUGAAGAAACUGAGAGCAAAAGAAGAAGAAAUUGAAAAGAUGGGGAAAUUGAAUUGGGCCUUAGAAGAAAGAGUGAAAUCAUUAUGUAUGGAGAAUCAAAUUUGGCGAGAUUUGGCGCAAAGCAACGAAGCCGCGGCCAAUGCUUUACGUUCAAACUUGGAACAAGUCCUCGCCGCCACGCAGGCCAAGGACGUUAGGACACCGGGAGGAGGUUUCCAAGACGACGAAGUUAUCGACGACGCUCAGUCGUGUUGCGGCAGCAGCUGCGACGGAGACGAGAAGGAGAGGCGGCGGUCGGACGGCGGAGAAAGUACUAGCGGGAUGUGUAGGAAUUGUCGGAAGGAGGAGGCCUGUGUUUUGCUAUUGCCUUGCAGGCAUUUGUGUUUGUGUACCGUUUGCGGGUCGGGUCUUCAUACUUGCCCCGUUUGUAAAUCCGUUAAGACUGGUAGCGUUCAUGUCAACAUGUCGUAGAAAAAUCAUCAAUAUACAUAAAAAAAAAAAAAAAAAAAAAAAAAA